AUGUGCAUCAGCGGCAAUGGAAGGAAGACAGGCUUCACGGCUGUCUUGGUAUGGGUAGUUUUGCGUCAGGUGGUGGCCAAGUCGCAGGGGUCUUCUCAUGUGUCCCUGGCAACUCAAGUUCUCUCCAAGGAUUUUUGGAUCGCGAGCAAUGUCAGCCAAGCUCUGGAGAAAGGUUGGGCCAUCCAGCAAGACGUUGAAGAUGCAUCUGGAAGCCUUCUGCGCAGAGGAGGGCCAGUAUCUGCCUUCCGCCUUUGCCGACUUGUACUCCUUGCAGCUGUGAUGACUUCUAUAAUGGCAGCUUGGUCGACUGGCCAGAAGCAAACACAGAACAAAUGGCAGAUGGAGGAGCACAGCCUUGCUGAAUCUGCAUAUCCUUGGCCAACAUUGCCGCCAUAUGCGGAUGUAGCCGCUGCGGGCCUGACUUUCACUUCGGUGGGGAGUACUAUGCAGCUGGCUCUGCUGGCGCAUGGCUUGCUGGCCUGUCGCCGUGGUACCGCGCUAAUAUCCGCAUGUCACCCGCGGGGCGGAAGCAACUCUGCAGUGGUGGAGCGCCGCUUGGAAAUCAGUAGCAGGAGACCUUUUGCAAUGCAGGUUCACCGGCUUGGCCUGCAGGAGCUGGCCCCGACGACUUUCAGGAGACCCAAUGACAUGAGUAAAAGCCUGGUGGCAGGUCUGAAUUCGGUAGCAAGGAGGACAUCCACUGAAGAAGAGCCUGCAGAAGUUCUUUGGUUCUUGAAGCAUUCUGCCGCGCAUGGGGAACCUGAUGGCAUAACAUGUUUUGAGGAUGCGCGUUCUCUCCUGGCAUUUUGGCUCGCCAUGCCCAAGACAACGCGAUGCAGUUUCGUUGCCCAGCAAGCCAUCAGGCAGCCCAUGCGUGUUGCUGGUGGACACGUAAAAGUUCACGCCUUUGUUCUGGCGCUGGAGAACGGUCCGUCAUUCCUGCAUCGGGAGCUUCUGCUUACGACCACGCCAACUGAUGACUUGGCCCAAGCAUCACCACCUUCCAUCCUUCGUGGCCGAAGCUGGGUGCAUUAUGCGUCAGUGUGGCCUCGGCUUCAGCAUGUGCUGGGGCGGGUUCUACAGCAUCGCUGCUGGCGUUGGAGCAAAGCGCAGCCCGCAAAGGAGGGGGUACAGCACCAAGAAGCACGAGGCAAGCUGCUGUACAACAUCUUCAUGGUUGAUGCAGCGAUAGAUCAAUCUGCAAAACCGUGGCUUCUGGACAUGUACCCCAUGCCCGAUGAGCAGCCAUUUGCAGAGGAGCUGGUGAGUGCAAAUCUAUGGAAAGAUGUGACUCAGGAUGCUUGUCGACUUCUUCUCAAACCAUUUCUUGGACCUGUGCAGUCUGACAACAAGGUCUCCAGUGACGCGCAGGUCGCCGCCACAUCCCGUGACGCACAGAGCAAGCAGCUGGAGAUGGGUGGCUUUGUGAGCCUGAGUCAGUGCGCUACAUGA